AUGUCCUUUGAAGAAAUUUUCAAAUCGUUAAGUGUUCCAACAGUAAUUGCAAAAGAUGAAUGUAUCUAUUGUUUUGAAUCGUUAUAUAACAAUAAUCCAGAGAAGGAGACCCGUCACAGUUUGAAUAUAUGCCUAUCUUGUUUCCAAGCUGUUUGCAAAAAGCACACUGGUUUGCAUCAUAAAGUUACUGAACAAAAUUGUGAGUUCUCUCAUAAACACUACUUGAAUUUGGCAAAAAUUUCUAGGGAAGAAAAUGACAGUAAAAAUAGCAUUACAGGUCCAUCCCAAGAGAAGAAUAAGAAGAUAAAAUUACAGAUUGUUGAUAAAAGUGAGGAUGAAUUAUACGAUACUAAUUGGUCCACCGUGGAAGUUAAGGUUUUAGGCGACGGGUCAUUAUCCCAAGAUACCAUCAAUAAAGGUACAUUUAGAGACGGCAAAUUAUCACCGAUUGAAGGAGAUAAUAUCAAUGAAAAAAUACCUCAGAUCAUUAAUGCGAAAUCAAAAGUUCUAGUUGAUGAAAAGCAGGCAUGGGAAUUGCAAAUGAAGUCUUGCCAACACACACACAAUUUAGAGGCGACUGCAUCGACCAUUUCGAUUCCUGAAUCUUCAUUAAAUUUGGAAAAGUGUCAUGACUGUGAUUUGCCUUCCAAUUUAUGGCUAUGUUUACAUUGUGGUAAUGUGGGGUGCGGUAGAAACCAAGUUGGUAUUGAUGGACAUUCUCAUGCGUUAGCCCAUUUCAACACCAAUAAAGAACAUUCGUUAGCUAUAAAAUUAGGUUCUUUGUCCACUUUAUCCAAUGAUUUAUAUUGCUAUUCGUGUGACGACGAAGUAAAGUUUGGAACUCCAGAGUUCCUAUCCAAUUAUUUGAGUAAAAACUUUAAAAUUAAUAUAAAUAGUAAUGCGUUUGGUAAUGAAAAAUCUUUAAUUGAGCUGCAGAUUGAACAAAAUAUGAAUUGGGAUUUCAAAAUGGUAGACGCACAGGGCAGAAGCCUCUUAAGAUUGUCCCCAAGUAAAGGUUUAGGUUGUGGGUUGAUUAAUUUAGGAAAUUCCUGUUAUUUGAAUUCAGUUAUGCAAUGCUUAUUGAAUGGCGGUGUUCCAAAUUGGUCAGACAAACUGGGUAAUAUCAUUGGGCAUGAUUUCCCGAAGGAUGUUAUCUAUCCAACAGGAAACUUGAGAUGUCAAAUGAUUAAACUUUUGAAUGCCUUCAAGUUGAAUCCUGAAGACUACGAGGAAGGUAUAAGACCAAGAUCAUUUAAAGAAUGUGUCGGGAAGCAUAAUGCAGAAUUUAAAACAAAUAAUCAGCAAGAUUCUAUGGAAUUUUUAACAUUUGUUACUGAGGAACUAGAGAAAGGCCUCUUUCCUAAGAUUCAAGACGCUAGUAUAAAUCCCAAUAAUUUAUUGAAAUUUAUCAUGGAGGAUAAAUUACAAUGUGUUGAAUGUAAAAACGUUAAAUACACAUAUCAACCGAACGAAUGCAUUCAAUUACCAUUGAAAGAAGGUAACGAUCUCGUAGGUACUACCACUCAAAAUUUGAUGGAAUUGAUUACUGAUUAUUUCCAAGGCGAAGAGAUUGAAUUCAGUUGUCCCACAUGUAAGAGGAUGACUAAGGCAGUUAAAAAGCAAAGUUUCAAGACGUUCCCAAAUACUCUUAUCAUAAACCCAUUGAGAAUUAAAUUAGACAAAUGGGUACCAGUUAAAACGUCAGACAGUUUAGUCAUCCCUGAUUUAGAUGACGCAAAUUGUGAGUUCUUAGAUAUAGCUAACUUCCAAUCUAAGGGAUUUGAUGCAGAAAUAGAGAUAUUAUUCCCUGAAACGGAUCAAGGAACACAGUUUGUCCCAGACGAGAAUUCAAUGGCCCAAUUACAGGAAAUGGGUUUCACUCCGAACGCUAUCAAAAGAUCAUUGUACGAAACCGGGAAUAAAGACACAGAAGUAGCAAUGAAUUGGUUAUUUCAGCACAUUGAUGAUCCGGAUCUUAAUUCUGAAUUUGUUGCCCCAUCAACAUCAAAAUCUAAAACUGCAGAAGUUGAUCAAAGUUCGUUACAGACGAUGUUAGCUAUGGGACUUGAUGCGAAAUUAUCAAGAAAGGCAUUAACUAUCUAUUCUGGAGAUGUUGCAGCUAGUACUGAAUGGGUUUUCAAUAAUUUAGAUGAUGAUGGUGAAUUAGAGAGUGUUCAUGAAGAGGUCGAAGAAAGAACUGAAGGUGGCUCCGAACCAGGAAAUCUCGACAACAAACCUUACAAGCUUACUGCCGUUAUUUGCCAUAAAGGUACUUCAGUACAUUCAGGGCAUUAUGUUGCUUUCAUAAGAAAACUAAUUGAUAAUGAAAGGAAGUGGGUCCUUUACAAUGAUGAGAAAAUUGUCAUAAGUGAAAAUAUGGACGAAAUUAAAAGGAAUGGGUACAUUUACAUUUAUUCUAGAGAUAACUUGUAG